GGAUUGCGAUGGUGUGAUAUCAAUAUUUCGUGCAUGGUGGAAUGGACGAGGGGAGGCAAGAGGAUGGGAAAUCCGGCGUAUCAUUGGAGUAAGCUCGCACUUGCAUCCGCGGGCUGGACCUUGUGCGGACCUACCUGGGCAUCUGGGAGGGGGAGGGCAAUCUAUUUUGAGGGUGUUCUCGGAGCACAGGACAAGGCUUACGCGGGUGGAACAAGGCUACGCACAAGGCUGGGCACUCGACUAUCAGUUUAUCGUAGAAAGAAUUUGGAAUUCAUGUCAAUUUGAUAGUCGCCAAUUGCAUCUGCAUCCACACCACCAACCAGCAUUGUUGGGACGUUGACGGUCGAGAACCAUAUCAGAACUACCGGAUUAUCAAUUCCCUCUCUUUCCAAGUCAAACGUCUAGACCUUCUUCUGAUGCUCGUUGCUCGAUGCGAUUAUCUAUCCAACAUCCAUUUCAAUCUUGCGACACCAACCUCCCGUUACAGCUUCUCCCCUACGCCUGAAUGUAGAAAAGAUUGUCUCAUACACCAUUGUGUUCCCUUGAUCCUGCCAUACCUGUUAUGACACCAUUUGGAUCCAGAUAUUCCAUACUUUGGGCGGUUCCACAAUUGCGGCGGCUGGUCUUCAUCUAUCCCACGCUCUAGGCUGUCUGCCACACGAUACCAAAGACUAGGUUGCCAGUCUCCUUAUCUCUAUUUGUCAACAGGUCGUCUGAAAAAUACCCACGACCAGAUUACACGGAUGUUUGCCAAACCAGAGCGCUCGUUAUGGGUAAAAGAGGUCCUAAAAAGAACUACUUUGUAGUAUGUCGAGGCAGAACGACUGGAAUUCUUGAUGGGUGGUCUCAAUGUGAAGCUUCUACAUCAGGAUUCUCAGGUGCCAAGUUCAAAGGAUAUGAGACUCAUGAUGAAGCUCAAAAAGCAUGGAACGAGUGGUUACAGACUCAAGGCUUUGCGCCCACUGAAGGUGCACCACAUGACACACUAGAGAAUAAUCUCACAGAUACUUCUAGAGUUGUGAACCAAACCGCAAUUGAUAACCAUUUAGAAGCACGGGUAGGGUUGAAAAGGAAAUAUGAAGAUGAAGACUCUUCCAUGAAUAUCAAUGGUUUCAUAAUAACCUCUGCUCGACCGAUCGAGGCCGAAGUCAAUGCUAUAUCAACCAGAAAGACCUUUAUUAACCUUACAGAAAGUCCAGAACAUACAAUCUCAUCCGAGAAGCUUCUCGAUUCCGAAGGCGAAAAAACACCAGCGUUUAAGAAGGCAAAAUCUGGCGACAACACGCCUACACUAAACCUUGAUGUUGAAAUUCCAGACUCAGAAUUUGAGUUAUCCGAUGAAGAUAUUUUCAAUAACAUCACCUCAACAUGUGAAAAUGUUCCUCAGCCUGUUGAACUUACAACCGAGCAGAAAUCAGUCGUCAAGAUGGCAAUGGGUAGGGAUAAUAUUUUUCUUACAGGUGCCGCUGGAUCUGGGAAAACAGUUACAUUGCUGCAGAUCAUAGAAAAUUUAAAGAAACGGCUGCAGGACAAAAAUUCAAACACUCCGAAAGUUCAGGUUGCUGCUCCUACUGGACUUGCGGCACUGCCCUUGAAUGGAAGAACGACAUAUUCCGUUGCUGGAUGGAAGCCAGAUUCAUUCAAAAUGCCCCUUGAUGAGCUUCUCGGUGAUAAUAACAUAAAGAAAAGAACAAUCAAAGCUCUUCGAAAGUUAGAAGUCCUUAUAUUGGAAGAAAUUUCAAUGGUUGAAAGUCAAUUCCUUGAGCGUCUCAAUUUACUUCUUCAGACGGUAAAGCAAACCAAGAAACCUUUCGGAGGUAUUCAAGUGAUAUUUCUGGGUGACUUUUAUCAACUCCCUCCUGUGAAACCAUUCGAGCAUUGCAUGAUAUGUGGAGUUGAAAUGGUCGGGGUAUCUGACCGUGUUUGUAAGAGUAAUCUAUGCAAAGAUCAUUCAGACAAUAUCCCUUUCAAGCCGGGUGAUAAAUGGGCAUUCAAUGCUCCCGUGUGGAAACAGCUUAACUUUAGACAUGUCAAGCUGGAGCAAAUUCAUCGACAAAAGGACGAGAAGUUCAAAGAUCUUUUAAACAAAGUUCGCAAUGGCGUUGACUUGAGUGACGCAGAAUGGCAUGAUUUGAUACGUCCAAAGGUGCUUCCACCCAACGCUUUUCCUAUUCGUCUCAUGGCAAAGCGUUUUGAUGUUGACAGGUUCAAUGACUCUCAAUUGGAUUUGAUAAAAUCAGAAGCAAAGGUUUGGGAAGCCCUUGAUGACUCAUGUCAACUCUAUCGAAAUGAGCAUGAUUAUCUGCGUCAGCACGAGAUUAACAGGAAGAUGGAAGAAUAUAAAAUCGCCAUAUCGGAAUAUCAUCGUUUUCCCAAAAGGUUAACACUGAAGGUUGGUGCGAAAGUAGUUUUACUUCACAACCAAGAACAGAAAGGUGGCUUGGUGAAUGGUUCUCAGGGUACAAUAGUUGGGUUCGUAAAUGCGCAAAAAUGGCCAACAGCUGUGAUCCAGGGUGACCACGCAGAUUGGCGACAAGUUCAAAUGAACCAUUUCACUGAAAAAAAUCCUUGGAGACCUGUGGUGAAGUUUACGGAUGGCAAAACGACUGCAAUUGCACCUGUUCCGUCGGAGACUUUAAUGGGAACGGUAGAAGAUAGAUAUCUUGCUUGCAGAACUCAAAUACCACUUAUUCUAGCCUGGGCUUUGUCGAUUCAUAAAAGUCAAGGUAUGACAAUGGAACAUGUUGAGGUAUCUCGAAAGGAUAUUUUCGAGUCGGGCCAAUUAUAUGUUGCUCUAUCGCGAGCAACGACGCUGGAGGGCCUUACAGUCACGGGUUACUCCAGAGAACAAAUCGCUAUGGAUGAGGAUGUUGUGGAUUUUUAUCAAAAGACGCAGUGGGAGAAUUUACAACCUCCUUCUGAAUGACGAAGUUCUGGAAUUUGAGCAUCUAUCAUACCUGAAAGAGACUGAGGAAUUAGGGAUAAUUAUUGUGGUUAAAUCUUUGCUCACGCGAAAACUUACCUCUGCACUUUCAUCCACCUCAAACUUACAAUUUCCAUCGCCGGAAGUACAUCACUUCAUACACCGGCGCCAGCAAGACUGAUUAUUUAUUGUCAAUAUCAACAUGUUGGUCUACUUUGUUCGAUUUAGAGUCUACAAGUUUAAGUGGGUCAGCCGUUGCCCUGGCAAAUGAGAAGCGAGAUUGUACGACCCGCACCAUAAAAUCUCUUCAAGAAAAUAAUUUCUUCAACUCAUUCACAUCACAUCACAUCAAUCACAUCAAGUUGUGUAUCUCAAUGCCACUUCUGUAGUUGAUGUUAAGACACAAUGAUGCUGCUUACUUCGACUUGAUUGAUGUACAAAAAUUCAUCGACCUUUGCUUUACCAUCCAGCAUAUACCCAUUAUUCACUAAUACAGGAUUUGUUCUAGAGAAGCGUGCGUGUGACGAGAUGAGUGAGAGUAUAAUCUAGUAGAGCGUUGGGGACUGAGGAUUGAGCAAUCCUUUCGUUCUUUUUACUUUCGGGAAUCACUGAACAGGUGCAAUUUGGCGUAAGAUACCCAUAUAUAUGUUGUCUUGUCUCGUAUAGAGGUAGGUAUACAGUAUUGCAUAGCGUACAGUAGGAUAGCAUAAUAGAAUAGCAUAACGAUGGAUUUCAAUACAUCAAUCAACAUGAUGACUUUGCA